AUGGACUCCGCUCCACAGGAAAUCGUCCUCUCCAUCGUGGAGCAGCUCGACAAAGUGACGGAUCUCUGCACGAUCCUGAACCUCCGCCUCGUGAGCAAGAAAUGGCUCCAGGUCGCGACCCCCUUCAUCUACGUCAUCGCGCAGGACCCGUACUGGCCCUGUGACAGCCACCGCAAGCACGACCUCGGCGUGCUCACGCGCCUCAACGACAAGCUCGCCGUCCGGCCUGACCUGGCCUGCAUCAUCAAAGAGCUCCACAUGUUCCCGCUGCGCAUCGAGAACCGCGUGCGCACCCGCAUCCCGCUCGCCCUCAUGAACCGCAACCGCCAACAGUGGGAGAUCCUCAACGGUCUCAAGUUCCUCCCGCUCGAGCUAAAGUUGCAGAUUAUCCGCGACCUCACGAGUGAUGUGGACUCCGGCCUCGUCGCCUUCGUCCUGCUCCUGUGCCGCGACAUCGAGGUGCUCGAGAUCGAGCAGCGCUACUUCCACUUCGGCCCCAGCCUCCGCGGAAUAUUCCACCUCGCCGCCAACGCCAACACCAACGCCACCGCGGCGGGCCUACCCGGCGCACUGCCCCCCAACAAGGACAUGCUGCUGAGCAAGCUGACGCGCCUCAAGAUCGGGGACAAGUUCGAGUGCGUCACCAUCAACGACGUGCUGACCUUCCUCUCGCUGCCGCGCCUCCAGCACCUCGAGGUCGACGGGCUAAUCGACUACUACGAUAACGGCUUCGAAGAUGACGACGACGACGAAGAUGAUCAGAGCAACAGCAGCGAAGAGGAAGAGCAAGCCCUGACGCCGCACCCCUCCCCCACCCGCCCCGUGCCCCACUGGUUCCGCACCUACCUGCCGGACACCUCGGAGCCCGACUUCAACAAGUACGCGCCCGCGCGCAACCCCAUAUCGCUGCACUUCCACGGCUCGUGGAUCACCCCGCACGGGCUCUCCCUCAUCCUCGCCGCCUGCGAGCAGCCGCGCACCCUGUACGUGCACGUGACCGGGCUGAUCGACGCGGACGCGCCGGACUACACGCGCACCUUCGCCGCGCACGGGCGCGGCCUGCGCAGCAUCAUCCUCGACACGACCGAGUGCCCCGGCGAGGGCGUGCUGGCGGGGGCCGAGGCGACCGCCUUCCUCGGCGCGCUGCGCGCGAACCACGGGGCCACGCUGCGCGCCCUGGCCGUCUCGCGCGCCUUCCUCCCCGGCACGCGCGACAUGGCGGGGCUCCUGCCGCGCGAGCUGCGCGAGCUGGCCUUCCUGUUCGCGCGCAUACGCCGCGGCCACGGGCUCCCCGCCGACGAGAUGCUGGCGCACGCCGCGCUGCUGGGCGCCACCGCGCCGCGUCUGAGCCGCCUCGCGUACAUCCCGAGCUAUCUGGUCCGCAUGCCGCGGUGGUACGAGGGCUUUGGGCUCCGCGAGGGCGCGGAGGGCCCCGAGAGGGAGUGGUUGGAGAGUCAUGGUUGUGUGCUUUUUGACUGGUAG